AUGGGGACCUCGCACUGUGUGCAACGACGAGACGAAGAAAUGGCUAUCUCCUCGUCGUCGGGAAGACGACUGUACUAUACGAUCAAUGCCGUCGCUGGGCUUGCGAUUUUCUUCUUCGGUUACGACCAAGGCAUGAUGGGAGGUGUCAAUACCUCACCCGACUACAUCAAAGUCAUGAAACUUGGAUAUUCUACGUAUGAAGGGCCUUCAGAGGGCUAUGUGGUUACGAUUACAGAACCUACAAGACAAGGUGGUAUUGUUAGCAUAUACUACUUCGGAACUUUACUCGGAUGUCUUAUGGGUGGUGUCUUGGGAGACAGGAUUGGACGCAUCAGGACGAUGAUGCUGGGUAGUCUUUGGGUUCUCAUCGGAGCGGCUUUGCAAUGCUCGGCUCAGAAUAUCGCAUGGAUGCUCUGCGCCCGCGUGGUCAACGGUAUCGGUACAGGCCAUCUGAACGCUAUCGUUCCCGUCUGGAGCGCCGAAGUCGCGACGCAUACAUCUCGGGGAGCGUUCAUCGCCAGCGAAUUUACCAUGAAUAUUUUCGGAGUCGUCGUCGCUUAUUGGCUGGAGUUCGGCUUGGGCUUUGUAGGCGACGGCACGAGCCAAGUUCGAUGGCGGUUCCCUAUUGGGUUCCAAAUAUUACCUGUGCUGGCCUUUAUGAUCUUCCUCCCUAUGAUGCCUGAGUCUCCACGCUGGCUGUUGAAGGUGGGCCGCGACGAAGAAGCACGCGUUAUCCUCGGGCGUCUUCGUUCUGAAGACGGAAACAUCGAGGACGCACGCGUCGCGGCGGAGUAUGAAGACAUCGUGGGGGCUGUUGGGCUUGAGAAGCAGAAUGCAAGCCGCAACUCAUACAUCUCGAUGUUCUUCGGGCGCAACGAUGGCGAGCUUCACGUUGCCAGGCGUGUGCAGCUUUCAAUCUGGCUGCAGAUCGUUCAAGAGUGGGUCGGUAUCGCUGCCAUCACGGUGUAUGCCCCGACCAUUUUCGCGGAAGCCGGCUAUGGAGCACGCAAAUCACAGUGGCUAUCUGGCUUGAAUGAUAUUACGUACAUGAUAAGCACCCUCCUUGCAGUGGUAACGAUCGACAGACUUGGCCGGCGGGUUGGACUGUGGUGGGGCGCUGUUGGCCAAGGCAUCUCCCUCAUCCUUGCAGGCGCCUUCACCAGACUGCUCAAGGACAACCCCGACAAGGCAUCGCAAUAUGGCGGUGCCGCAGCAUUCUUCGUGUUCAUGUACACUGCAGUGUUCGGCGCGACGUGGCUGACGAUUCCGUGGGUGUAUCCGACCGAAACCUUCCCGCUUGAGGUGCGCGCAAAGGGCAACGCGUUUGGCGUGUUUGGAUGGUCUAUCGGUAACGGUUGGCUCACGCUGCUCAACCCCGUCAUGUUCUCGCACAUCCAGGAGAACACGCUGCACAUCUUCGGCGCGAUCAAUUUCCUCACGAUUCCGAUGGUGUGGGCGCUGUACCCCGAGACUGCGAACCGGACGCUGGAGGAGAUGGAUCACCUGUUCAUGAGCGAUAGUCCAUUUGUGUGGGCCGAGGAGGCGCACUUCAAGAAGUGGAAGGAGGAGUCCGAGAGAGCGCGGGUGACCGAGAUCUCGGAGCCGGACAUCGCGGCAGAGUUGAAGGAGAAGCUCGCUAUCUCGUGA